AUGCCGAAGCCAAAGGUCCAAAAGGUGAAGCGCAACGAGUGCUAUCUGCGAAUCAAAUCUCUGACUGAUAUCGAACAGUUUGUCGACCUCACCCAUGCAAUUGAGCUGCGACAGAUCCAGAUUUGGCCCGACGAUAUCCCAAUGCAUUGCAUUACCUCGCGCGUGAAAACAAUUCAGAAGGAUACGAUUGGACUCAUCCACGAUCUUCGUUCGCGUAGACUGUGCGAAGCGAGCAAACAAGUGUUGUCCGGACAGAUGGAUGGCGAUAAAAAACUCUGGGAAAUCGUCGAACACCCGAAAGCCUGGAAUCUCACCGCCCGUGGAGUGACUUUUAUCAUUCGCAAGCAUCGUCCACCAAAUCAGCCCAGUUCCUGGAGUCCUUCCGCUAUCCUGGCUUCCGUACGCUCGAUUCCCUCUCGCAUCAUUUCCCGUUUUUCGGUGCGUCAACAGGAACGCGAAGUUCCUGUCGACAAGCUUAAUUUGAUUGAGGAUCAGAAA